AUGGAAACGGUUGCUGGCGAAGAAGAGGAGUUGUUCAAACCCAUAGAGUCAGUCACUGAUCAGACUUGGGGCGAUUCCGUAAUGGAGAUUUAUACUCCUGAACCAUUAUGGACUGUAUUUAAUGAUGGGUCAUCCAAUGUUGGUGGUGCUGGAGUUGCACGUGUCAUCUUUACUCCUGGAGGUUCGAGGAUCGAGAAAGCGACCAGGCUGGGUUUUCAAGCAUCAAAAAAAGAAGAUGCAAUUAUCGGUUUAAAGGCUGUCAAACAGUUAGAUGCGAAGAACGUGAAGCUAGUAACUGAUUCCAUUCUAGUAGUUAACCAGUUUCUGGGGACCUACAGAGCCAAGGAAGAGAGGAUGGCCCUUUAUAUGGAUCGUAUGAGGGAGCUGGAAAACGAGUUCGACCAAUUCUCUAUUGGGCAGCGACCACGGAUGGAAAACAGGCACGCAGAUGCCUUAACAAAUCUUUCUUCAGCAGUCGAAACUGAUACCACCCGUUUUGUUUGGGGCGAGAGGGCAGCUACAUCAGCACAUGGAGAUACCGAGAACAUCGACAACAAUAUGGAUGUUGACAGUCCAGUGAUAGAUGAUUCAGGAAAUCAUGUUAAAAACGUUGCAGACUGGCGUCAUCCUUACAUCCAGUAUUUGACAACCGGGGAACUCCCAGAAGAUGAGCAUCUCGCUUCUAAAGUGAAAAAGAAUGCUUGGAGAUAUUCCAUGAUCGAGGGACAGCUGUACCGCAAACCUGUGGCUUUGGAACCAUUUUUGCGAUGCAUAUCAGCAGAAGAAGGGCAACAAAUAUUGGCGGAGGCUCAUGAAGGAAUAUGUGGCAGCUAUUCUGGAGGACGCAGUCACGCGCACAGGAUACUUACCCAGGGGUAUUUCUGGCCGUAUAUGCAGAAAGAUUUUAAAGAAUACGCGCAGAAAUGUGUGCCAUGCCAAGAGCAUGCUCCGAUUUCUAAAAGGCCUGCCAAAGAAUUGCAUCCAGUUUUCAGUCCCUGGCCAUUCUCUAUGUGGGGCCUGGCAUCGUCGGACCACUUCUCAAAGCUCCUGGAGGCGUUAAAUUCAUUUGGAAUCCCAGACGCGAUUAUAUCAUACAACGGGAAGCAGUUCGAUUCUGAGGUGAUCAAAGAUUUUUGCAAGAACUUGAAUAUUCGCCACAAUUUCUCAUCUCCUUACUAUGCUCAUAGCAACGGGCAGGCGGAAGCGACCAAUCGCGUUAUCAUGGACAAUCUCAAGAAAAGGCUGGAGAAAGCGAAGGGGAAGUGGAAAGAAGAAUUCCCUGGAGUCGCGACCCCAAAAAGAUCCACUGGAUUUUCACCAUUUACACUGGCUUAUGGGACAGAGGCAGUCAUACCCACCGAGGUACAUCUCAAGACUACCAAAACUCGCGCUGUCAAAUCUGGGAAAAAUGACAGCAUACUGGCUUUGGAUAAAGAGUUGCUGGAAGAAAAAAGAGAAACAACCUUGCAGCAGUUAGUUCGAUACCAGCAGGCAAUCAAUCUGAGCUAUGAUCAUAAGGCAUGUACACUUAACUUGGGCCAACCCUUCGAACCUUUUGGUUUAGCCAAUUCCAUAACCCAAGAGGAAGAUUCUAGAAUCAUGCAGGGCCAGUCAAUGCCAGUUACUGCAGGAGGCAUGCAGGAGCCAGUUACUACAGGAGGCAUGCAAGGGCCAGUUAUAGCAGGAGGCAUGCAAGGGCCAAUUACUGCAGGAGGCAUGCAGGGCUAG